GUGCACUGAUAGAGUAACAUAGGUCAUAAGUUCUGGUAGUUCCUCUCCUGCUUUCUGCAGUCAGGAGUGGAAAUAUGGGUGAAGAUCUACGCGCUAGAGUUAAUGAGUUGGAAGCUAACCUGAGGCAGGCGGCCGAGAUUGGAAAUGUUCUUAUAACCAAGAAUACGCACUUGGAAAAGGAGUUGGAAGAAACUCGUGAACGUUACUUCGCCAAGGUCGAGAAACUGGAACAGGAGCUGCACAGUACACGGAUGAAACUGGAAUGCAGCACUGAAACGGAGAAAGGCCUCAAUGCUGAUCUGGAGCAUGCCAUCGAUCAGCUUGCUAAAUCAAAGAAAGAAUCCUCGGCUUAUAAAGCGGCACUCCAAAAGCUUCAAGCUGCUUUCGAUGAGAAGGACAGCGCAUCAUCGGACCAGGCCCUAAUGGCCGAUAAUGAGAAGCUCCAGAAGCAAAUACGUCGCCUCGAAGAGCAGCUGUGUGAAAGUCGGCAAAUGAACGAGCGCCUCCUGAUGCACAACACCAGUGCCUCUGCCAGCAGCCCGAGACCCUGGAGUCCUCGCGAGUCGUGUUCGAGCAAGAAGUUCAACUAGUGAUCGAACAACUGCACAAUGAAAUAGCCGAGCUGAAGGUGAGAGCACCCGUAGAUCUAUGUGGGCACA